CCCGCCUGAAAGGAAAAUUGUAAAGCAGAAGUGGAAAAAAGAGCAAAGAAUCAAGAAGUUAGGUUCAAUUAUCGUUAGCGAUGAUUUAGACCGUUCUCAACACAGUGAAAAGUAUCAAGCAGUCUGGGAACAAAUAUACUCAGAAUUUAAGAAAUCCGAAGAAGUAACUGGAUCAGACGCCCAUAAUGAUCUUUUUAAUAAUGGGGAUUUUCAACCUUCAUCCAACUCUUGA